UUGUCAAUGCAAUCUUGCCGAAAAUCCAGUAACCUUCUCCACGAAGGUGUGCGUGUCAUGUUUUUAGUUGUCAAACUUAAAAAUGUCUCAAGCCGGUACCAAAAAAUCGUCUGUUCCAAAACUAAAUAGCAAGACGGGCAUAAGUAGUCUACUUAUAUUUGUAAUAUUACUGCUAGCAUGGAUUGCCGGCUUUUCGUCCCGUUUAUUUGCAGUCAUCAGAUUCGAAAGUAUAAUACAUGAAUUUGACCCUUGGUUUAAUUAUAGAGCAACUGCCUACAUGGUAAAACAUGGGUUUUAUAAUUUUUUGAAUUGGUUUGAUGAGAGAGCAUGGUACCCCUUAGGUCGAAUAGUUGGGGGUACUGUGUACCCCGGUCUGAUGAUAACUUCGGGUAGUAUACACUAUGUAUUACAUUUAUUGCACAUAAAUGUACAUAUAAGAGAUAUUUGUGUAUUCUUAGCACCAAUAUUCAGUGGGCUCACAUCAAUUUCCACAUAUUAUUUAACCAAAGAAUUAUGGUCAGCUGGGGCUGGCCUGUUUGCUGCAUGUUUUAUUGCCAUUGUGCCUGGAUACAUAAGUCGUUCUGUGGCUGGCAGUUAUGAUAAUGAAGGAAUUGCGAUAUUCGCCCUGCAGUUCACCUAUUAUCUUUGGAUCAAAAGUGUAAAAAGUGGAUCAGUUUUCUGGGCUGUUGCAGCUGCUCUCUCUUAUUUCUAUAUGGUUUCUGCAUGGGGUGGAUAUGUCUUCAUCAUCAACUUGAUCCCCCUCCAUGUUUUUGUUCUCUUGUUGAUGGGAAGAUUUUCCAAUCGACUUUUCACAAGCUACACAACUUUCUACAUUCUCGGUUUGAUUUUGUCCAUGCAAAUUCCGUUUGUUGGUUUUCAACCAAUACGUACCAGUGAACAUAUGGCAGCAUUGGGUGUUUUUGCUCUUCUGUUUGCGGUGGCUACCCUGAAGUACCUGCAAAGUAUGAUGUCAAAAUCAGAAUUUAAAUCACUGGUUAUUUAUGGUGGUCUGAUUGCUGCUGGAUUAGUUUUUGGAAGUGUAGUUUUAUUGACAUAUGCUGGUUACAUAGCACCUUGGAGCGGAAGAUUUUACUCACUGUGGGACACAGGCUAUGCUAAGAUCCACAUUCCCAUCAUAGCUUCUGUAUCAGAGCAUCAGCCUACAACUUGGUUUUCUUUCUUCUUCGACUUGCAUGUUUUAGUUGCAACGUUCCCAGCUGGUUUAUGGUACUGUAUAAAAAACAUAAACGAUGAGAGGGUGUUUGUUGUUUUGUAUGCUCUAAGUGCUGUAUAUUUUGCUGGUGUGAUGGUACGUUUGAUGUUAACACUAACUCCAGUAGUGUGUAUUUUAAGUGGAAUAGCAUUCAGUGGACUGCUGGAAUUAUUCUUGAGAGAUGAAGAAAUAGCCAAGCCUGAAGAAACAGAAACAAGCGAAGAACAUGCUACUCCUAAAAAUAGGAAAUACGAUAAGGUUGGGCGCGUACCUAAAAUGAAGCACGAGUUGAACAAAGAACCUGAUGGUAUUGGACCAAACAUUAGAACCAUUAUAAGUGUCGUUAUCUUACUUUUACUCAUGUUAUUCGCCGUCCAUUGCACCUGGGUAACAAGCAAUGCUUAUUCCAGUCCAAGUAUAGUGCUAGCAUCAUACAGCAGCGAUGGAUCGAGACAAAUACUGGACGAUUUUAGAGAAGCAUACUUCUGGCUUUCUCAGAACACUGCAGAUGAAGCAAGAGUCAUGAGUUGGUGGGAUUACGGGUAUCAAAUAGCAGGCAUGGCCAAUCGAACAACUCUUGUUGACAAUAAUACUUGGAACAACAGCCAUAUCGCUCUUGUGGGUAAAGCAAUGUCCUCCAAUGAAAGUGCAGCAUAUACAAUUAUGACUGCUCUGGAUGUUGAUUAUGUUUUAGUAAUCUUCGGAGGUGUCAUCGGUUAUUCAGGAGAUGAUAUUAAUAAGUUUUUAUGGAUGGUGCGCAUUGCUGAAGGAGAACAUCCCAAAGAUAUCAAAGAAAGUAACUAUUUCACUUCACAAGGAGAAUUUAGGAUAGACGCUGAAGGUUCACCAACUUUAUUAAACUGCCUGAUGUACAAAUUGAGCUAUUACAGAUUUGGGGAAUUGAAAUUGGAUUAUAGAACGCCAGCUGGUUUCGAUAGAACACGAAACGCGGUAAUUGGAAACAAAGAUUUUCAACUUACAUACUUGGAAGAAGCCUAUACAACAGAACAUUGGUUGGUCAGAAUAUAUAGAGUCAAAAAACCAGAUGAAUUCAACCGGCCUAGGAUUCCUGUAGCCAACAGGGUGGUGAAAUCUCCUAAUUUCGUCUCUAAAAAGAGUACAAAACGUAAACGGGGAACCUUGAAGAAUAAACCAGUUAUAGUAAAGGGCAAGAAAAUUGCCUCCAAAAAAUCAUAGACUGUGCAAAAAUAUAUAAUUUAUUGUUGUUAGAUGUUUUUUUACUGUCACAGAAUAUUACAGUUAUUUUUGGUCUUUAUUGUUGCUCAUCAUUUCUUCAUUGGUUCUCUCUUUAAAAUAUUUUCAAGAUGUGAUAAAACGUAAGGCCAAUAAAAAAUUUUGCACUAA